AUGCUUGAUGGCUACGGUGAAGAAGUUCGUGGAGAUUGGAUACAAGAUUUCAACGUCGUUACGACCAAAAUAACAUCAAUAUAUUCGACUUCCCAGGUGGUCUUGUCUCCAAUCACUGUCGCCUUCGACGUCCCUGAACUCAUCUCCAAGCUCUCUGCCACUUUCGUCUUCGAAGGGAUUUCACUUUAUGGUGGUACUGAGAUUGCCUCCGUGGAGAUACUUGUACAGGACAGAUUAGCACAAAGAAACUUGAAUCACCCUCUCUUAGGUUUUGUUCGCUCGCGUGAACACACACAAAUCGUCCACUUGUUGUGCCGCGGAAAGAGGAAGCGGAACAGGCUUGGCUUGGCCGGAACGAUGACCGGCGGCGGAUCGACGGGGAGGAUGCCGACGUGGAAGGAGAGGGAGAACAACAAGAGGAGAGAGAGAAGACGGAGGGCGAUUGCUGCAAAGAUCUACACAGGGCUUCGAGCUCAGGGGAACUACAAGCUUCCCAAGCACUGUGACAACAACGAAGUCCUCAAGGCUCUCUGUGCAGAAGCUGGUUGGAUCGUGGAGGAAGACGGCACUACCUAUCGGAAGGUAAAACCUUUCCCUCAGUCCUCUCUCACCAGAUCAGAUCUACGCUCACUCUUUCUCCUCAAUAAUUAUUUGUUACUAUUUUUCUUCACACAGGGAUGCAAGAGACCCUCCCCAAGUGAGAUUGGAGGCACUCCACCCAACAUAAGCGCGUGUUCUUCCAUUCAGCCGAGUCCACAAUCCUCGUCAUUCCCGAGUCCCGUGGCUUCCUACCACGCAAGUCCAACCUCCUCCUCCUUCCCCAGCCCCACUCGCAUUGAUGCAAACCCCUCUUCCUUUCUCAUCCCAUUCAUCCGCAAUAUAACUUCAAUCCCAGCCAACCUUCCCCCUCUCAGGAUAUCCAACAGCGCCCCCGUCACCCCACCGCUUUCCUCCCCCCGAACCUCCAAGCGCAAGGCGGACUUCGAUUCCCUCUCCAACGCCUCCUUCCGCCACCCUCUUUUCGCCACUUCCGCUCCCUCAAGUCCCACGCGCCGCCACCACCUGGCCACUUCCACCAUCCCGGAGUGUGACGAGUCUGACGCUUCUACCGUCGACUCCGCCUCCGGCCGCUGGGUCAGCUUUCAGGUUCAGACGGCGGCGGGUCCUCCUUCCCCCACCUUCAACCUCAUGAAACCCGCGACGCAGAAGAGCCCUGCCCAGGAGGGCGUGCAGUGGGAUUCGGUUGCUGAGAUGGGCAGAGGAGUGUCCGAUUUUGACUUCGAGAAUGGUAGAGUGAAGCCUUGGGAGGGCGAGAGAAUACACGAGGUGGGAGUGGAUGAUUUGGAGCUCACUCUGGGAUUCGGAAAAGCUUGA